CUUUUUCUCUUCUUUCUUGUUCUUCCCUCUUCUUUUCUUUGUCACUCUUUGCUCGUCCACACCUCCCCCCGCUCUCUACACCUUUACUUUUUUUCUCCACGCGCGAGGAAGGGGUCUACCACACAUACUUCUAUCAGGCACCACUACCACUACCACCAUGGGUCAAGCAGCUAGUAAAAACCAAGGGGCACUCACCUUUGGCCACGUUUCUGUCUCCUCCUCCACUUCCUCCUCUCCCGCUGCCACUGACAGCAGCAGCAACGACACUACCGAAAGCAGCAACACCGAUAGGUGUAAAAGCAGCAGUAACCGCAAGCGCAAUGACCUCGUGCUUACACAUCCCCAUCUUUACGCAUUAGCUGAAUCGCCAAUGAUCCCCUCACCACCACCGACUCCGUCAACAACACCAAAGUGCGCCACUGCUGUGCUGCUUGGUCGAGUUGACUCGGGUUAUGACGAACAAGCCAUACACAACAGUAAUAAUAGCAGCAACCAUACUCAGCACAUACAACAACAACAACAACAACAACGAUUACUGCCAAAAGAGCUCGCUUACAUUGACGCAAAGUACUACAGCAGCUCCUCUUCUACGAGCGCCCGAACGUAUAAAAUGAAUGAAGACGACGGACAUAGUGACGAUCAAACACAUGCGGGGACAACGGAAACGACAACGACGACGACUUUAAAUGUGCGAUUUACAUUUCUGGAUGCGUGCAGUAGCGGCACUGUGGACAAAUCAAUGCAAGAAAUCAAUCUCUCGGCCCGACGGCUCGUCAAUCUCAGCUGCAACAUUGCCCGUCUGACCAUGGUACGGAAAUUGGACUUAUCACAUAACCAGCUUACGUAUUUACCAGAAGCUAUCGGCUGUCUGGAGAACCUGGAGCACCUUCGUCUAUCACAUAACCAGCUCACAGAGAUACCCGACACAAUAAGCUGUCUAUCAAAGCUCACCGAAUUCGACGUCUCGUACAAUCACAUCACCGAUCUCACCCCAUGCUUCCGCGUCGUGUCAAAAAAGCUACAUACCCUUCAUGCCGCCAACAACACUAUAUCACAUCUGUCCUAUCACAUUGCCAAUAUGACACAUCUCGCUACACUUGACCUCUCCGGUAACCCCAUCCAAGUACUGCCCGCCGAGCUAGCACAGUUACCAUACCUUCGACGUCUACAACUGGAUGGAUGUCCAUUAAAAACAGAAGACACGCAUGCAUAUUCAUUACGGCAAAGAGGUCCUCCGAGUCUAUUGGAAACAUGUGCACGGAUUGUUGUACGGCAACAUCAGGAACAGCAGUUUUUGCCAUACGCAACAACAACAACAACAUCAUCAUCAUCACCAUCACCUCUAUCACGGAAAGAAAAACAUCAAAAACAGGGACGACAGCAACUUUAUGCAACGAAUGACCUACCUACACACCUUGUCACAUACCUCCAUUCUGCUAAAGCAUGCUCAUCUUGUCACGGCCCUUAUUUCGACAGCUAUGUCACGCGCGGUCAGUGGGUAGAGAAAGCGGAUGUGAUGGUACCGUUGGAACAUCGAUUGUGUACGGCGCAUUGGGUGGAUGAGGAUGACCGCAUCUUGAACAUGUUUGCCCAACAACCAUUACCAAAACCAACAGCUAUGAUCAUGUGGCCUCCUGCCGGUACUGCAGGCAAUACCACGACCACAAAUUCUGCUGCUACUGCUGCUGGUGCUCAUGGCAACAAUAAUACUGCAUCAUCAUCGUCGUCGUCACGGUACCGACGAGGCACCCAUGGUAACAACCAUCGAUGGAUCCACAGCGCAAGUCAACAACUGUUGCUGGACGAUGCAACAGAAAACACCAUAAUGGAUUCAGGGUCUUCGUCAUCGUCUUCAUCUACAUUGCAACAACAACAACAACAUCAACAACAUCAAGAAUCAGAUAGUGCAUCCAAACUGCUAUCACGAUGGCGGACGCAAAACAAAAAAGUGAACAACCAACGCUCAGGCUUUUUGGUGCUGACAAAGCUGAAACGGCCUGGACAGCAUCAUAAAAAGAGGAUAACACGUCAAGAAAUGGGUGAAGAGGAUGAAGUGUAGUAAAUAGCAGUAGUAGCUUCAUUUGUGUAUUAUACAAUGAUAAAAAAAAAGGAGGGGCUCGUUGAAUACAAUACCAUCAACCCCCACUCUCUAUCUCUCUGAUGAUGAUCGCAGUCUAGCAAACGUC